CAGCCGAGCAUGCAUCCACGGCGGCACCCUGACCGCGUGACCGCGAGCCGAUCGCGUUGCCACGGCAACGCCUGCUCGUCAACACUGAAUGCCUGCCUAGCCGUCCCCGGCAGCAGACCCCGGCGGUUUCAGCAGGGUGGCCGAUGUCCGAGUUUGCAUGAGGUCCUCUUACAGCAGUCGUAGCCGAGAUGUAGCGGCAAUGAACCGCUACAUGACUCUGGGUCCGCUCGGGGACGGCACCUACGGAUCCGUGGUGCUCGGACAGCGGUUGGACACCGGGGAGAAAGUGGCCAUCAAGCGGAUGAAGAAGAAGUACUACUCCUGGGAAGAGUGCAUGAACCUGAGGGAAGUGAAGUCUCUGCAAAAGCUGAGCCACGCCAACCUGGUCAAGCUGAAAGAGGUGGUGCGCGAGGACAACACGCUGUACUUCGUGUUCGAGUACAUGCGCGAGAACUUGUACCAGCUGAUACGCGAACGGGACGUGCCGUUCCAGGAAGCGGCCAUCCGGGCCAUCGUGCAGCAGGUGUUGCGCGGCCUGGCCUUCAUGCACAAGCACGGCUUCUUCCACCGCGACAUCAAGCCCGAGAACCUUCUCUGCAUGGGGCCGCAGCUCGUCAAGAUCGCUGACUUCGGACUGGCGCGCGAGAUACGCUCGCAACCGCCUUACACCGACUACGUGUCCACGAGAUGGUACCGUGCCCCGGAGGUGCUUCUGCGCUCGACGACCUAUAGCUCGCCGAUCGACCUGUGGGCCGUGGGCUGCAUCAUCGCCGAGCUUUACACGCUGCAGCCGCUGUUCCCCGGCCGCAACGAGGUGGACCAGCUGUUCCGCAUCUGCGCCGUGCUGGGCACGCCGGACCAGCGCGAGUGGCCCGAGGGCCACCAGCUGGCCGCGGCCCUGCAGCUGCGCUGGCCGCACUUCCCGCAAGGCUCCCUGGCCGCCGUGGUGCCCAGCGCCAGCCGCGAGGCGCUGGUCCUCAUGAGAGACCUGCUGCGCUGGAACCCGGCGCGAAGGCCCACUGCUCUACUGGCACUGCGCUACCCCUACCUGACGGGCACGCCAUCGACGCAUUCGCAGUACCCGUCGCCUCACAGUCGCCAGCAGAGCGUCGUUUCGCGCCGGUCACACGUCGGACACGACCAAGGGUCUGGGGCGGCCCCGCAGCGCGGCGGAGGCCGGCCGCUGUGGGCGCUGUCCGAUAAGCCUCUGGCUGUGCGGCCCUCGGCCAGGAUGCACGACUUCAGCGGGCGAUGGUAGCCACUGCUCAGUCGGGGACAGGAAGCAGUCAAUGCGUGGUCGUCGGGAUGGUAGACCUCGCUGAGCAGCCUGUAGACGUAAGAUGGGGCGUGUCCACCAGCGCUCGUCACCAGCAGCGGAACGAGGUCCGGCGGCACGCAGUCGGAGGCCGGGUUG